UGUGUGUGUGUGUGUGUGUGUGUGUGUGGUACGGCCUUGGGGACUCGCACUACACUUAUGACUCAGUAUUUCUAAAAUCAUGACCUAGUGUGUCAAAGGGUCUAACAGUAUUAGGUUGUAAACAGCCUUACAUGUAACAUGGUUGACUCAAAAGACAAUGUUUGCAAUCACUUUAUAUAUUCCCGAUUCCUCUACUCUUAAAUGAUCAAAUCAAGGGAUAAUUGCCCCCAAAAAACAUUUGCAUGGAGUUUAACAAGAUUUUGCACAUGUUUAGAAGUUGCUCAAGUAGGACCAACUCACCACCAUGUAAAGAUGCUGGUAUUUUCUCUACCUGUCUAACAUUCAUCAAUAGAUAAGAGAGGAGUGUUGACAAAACACAGUGAGAUCUUCAGUCCCCUCUGUGUUUAAACUGCUGCAGGGUGGUGACUCGCGAAUCUGUAGACAAACAUAAAAGAACAUGGUGUUCCUGAAGCCAAACAUCCUGCUGCGAGGGAUGUGCACGUACAUGUCAUAUUUUGUUGUUGCACUGGGAGCUUUUGAUGCAAGAUUUAAUAGCAUAAUAAUGGCAAUAACAAUGUGGAUUGACACAUGUAUUAAAUUGAAUGUUAUUUAUCAUUUUGGAAACAUUUGGUCGAAAUAUGAUAUUUUUGUUAGAAAAUGAGACACUUGGUGGUUACAGGAGGUAUUUUUUAGGCAGAAGAACUCUGUUACCUCUGGAUGCCAUGCCUGCUCCAGUUCGUGCCAGCAUGUGCCAGAUAUCGGAAGCCACGCCCCCUGACAGAUUGUACAUUCAAGUGAGCACGAGGGGCGGGGGCACGUGUUCUGCAACGAGUAUCUCUUUUUGGAGGAUGUGCGAGUGACAAAAAGACUUCGUUGUUUUGAUUAGGGUGUAUCAAGGGUGAACGAGUGCAUAUGUGCCAUUUAACGUGUUGUCAUGACACAAGUGUGCUCAUGGGAGAUGUAGUUUGCUUCCGUUGGAGGCUGCUUUUCUGCAGCUUGUAUGAGUCUAAUUUAAAGAUGUUAAUGAUGGCUGCACAUGUUUUAUAUAUAUAUUAAUUUCCAUGUCGAGGAUUUUCUGAUGUACAACCACGCUACAGACAAAGAAGUUUAUUAAACUGUAGCCUAUUAAUCGAGUCAUUUGCAAGCCUUAGCCUUUGAGCCACUUACUUUCAAUCAAUAACAUUGCAUGGUGUAAAUACAGUAUACAAUACAAAUAAAAUGUAUUGACAAAAAAACAAUCAUUAACAACAGAGUACGGUUAUAUUCAAGCAACAUAAAUAAGUCAAAUAAUUUGAAAUUACAAAAUGUUUUCUAUCAAAAAUACUCCAGCUUUGAUUGACACUAAAUGAAUAACGUGUAUUGAUAUUGCUUUGAGUUGAAUCCAGCUCUGUGGCACAAUUGUUGAACUGAGGAAAUAUGUUUCAGCCUCAAUGUCUUUCUAGAAGAGCAACAAUGCAAUACACUGUAAUACACAUUAACAUGGGCAGCACUGCGAACCAAUCGGCUUCUACUAUUGCUCGAGUGCGCGGGGCUUGCAGCUAAUGAAUAUCCAAUGAGUGCGCUCGGUGGGCACAGAGAACAAGGGGCUUGUGUAGUGUUUGUUUUUGCAUCCUUAAAUUGUUUUAUAUUAACAAACAGUCCUGAAAGCAGCACUUAGUGGUGGAUCAUAGCGGAUAUUUUUUUGCGUUUUUCGCAUCCCGCCUGGUGGAACGUCGCCCCCUGUCAGGGAACAAUGUCUGGCAAAGCUGCGGUGACAGUUGUGCUGAAGCCUGGGGGCAACAAGGCUCCAGAGGCUCCGCAGAAAUCAUUCCCUUUUGUUUUAAAGAAGAUCAUGGACAUUCCUCCCCCUAACAUCCUGGAGGAAGGCGAGGACGAAAUAGAGAAGGAGAAGCUGUGCUCCGUUGUGGAUGGAGGCGGGGCAGGAGCAGCCAGUGCUGGAGGAGGAGGAGGAAGAGGAGGAGGAGAAGGAGGAGGAGGAGGAAGAGGAGGAGGAGAAGGAAGCGUUGUUGUUGCAGGUGCUGGUGGAGGUGUUUCAGCCUCCUUAACCCCUGCCAUUUGGGACAAGACCAUUCCCUACGAUGGGGAGACCUUCCACCUGGAGUACAUGGACCUGGACGAGUUCCUCCUGGAGAACGGGAUCCCUGCGACCCUGGAGGAGGAGGAGCUGCAGAAGACUUUAGCCUCCGUGGGAAUCAAAGCCAAAUUCCUCCCCAAGGUUACUCCAACAGCUUCUUCUACUACGACCACGACUCCUGCCGUCGCCCCCGUCCCCGCCUCGGCGUCUUCCCCCUCAGCCUCCGCCACCUCCACUGUCACCUCAGAGCCAGAGGAGCCGGUGACGGUCACUACGCUACUACCGGCAAAGAUAGAAGAAGAAGAAGAAGAAGAAGAAGAGGAAGAAGAGGAAGAAGAAGAAGAAGAAGAGGAGGAAGAGGAGGAGGAGGAGGAGGAGGAGGAGGAAGGGGAAGAGGAAGGACCAGAGGAGGAGACGUUGUGUCAGGAAGUCAAAGUGGAAGUGAAAGAGAAAAAAACAGAGCGCCGCACCCCCUCCCCCGUGGACCCCGAGGCCAUGGAGGUGGACAUUAACUUCCAGCCGGACCCCACGGACCUGGUUCUGUCCAGCGUGCCGGGGGGGGAGCUGUUCAACCCGCGCAAACACAAGUUCUCCGAAGAGGAGCUGAAGCCCCAGCCCAUGAUCAAGAAGGCCAAGAAAGUGUUUGUUCCCAACGAGCAGAAGGAUGACAGAUACUGGUCCAGGAGGAAGAAGAACAACGUGGCGGCGAAGCGUUCCCGUGACGCGCGGCGGCUGAAGGAGAACCAGAUCACGGUGCGCGCCUCCUUCCUGGAGCGGGAGAACGCGGCGCUGCGGCAGCAAGUGUCCGAGCUGCGGAAAGACUGCGGACGAUGCAAGACCGUCCUGACCCGAUACGAGGCCAAAAUUCAACACGGACACCAACCACCAAGGGAAUCUAAAUUUGCAUCUUCGCCGAGCUCCGGUCCAUGUGUCGAGCUCCGGGUGUGUUUUCCCGACGCGAGGUCCGGAGGUUCGGACACACACUGGCAGGCGGCGAGGCUUCGUGAUGGAGCGGGGGCCGCAGGAGGGCCUGUGGAAGAGCGCCUGGCUCCUACACACUCAGAGAGGAAGAUUGAGGACACUCCCGUGGUCAAACACACAGAAAAGUCAGGAAAUCUGAGCAAAGCGGUACAAAUGAAUCACAAAUCAGUUUUUUAGAACUGCACAGCACUUAUUCUUCUUAGUGGACCAAAGCAUGUCAGUUUAGAAGUCCUGUGUUCAGUGUGGUGCACACUUUACGUCCCUCAAGUUUCCUCGUGUUUGUGUCGUGUCUGUACUCCCUUUUAAACACUCCAGCUAAGACGAUAGGAGCAGAUGAUGAAGGAGCAGGAGAAAGAAUCAGGUACUUCCAGAGGGAGGAAGCAGAAAGGAGGAGAACAUGAGUAAUUCACUCACAGUUCUUCCACAUCAACACAAAAUCUCUUUGUGUAUGUAGUCGUGUCCCUGGGCCACAGUGUUUAAAUCUACCGUAUAACACCAUGGGAGACACAUCGAUUUUUUAUUCGGGGGAAAAACAUGCAUGCCCUACAAUUUAAAGCUACUGUGAUGUGGUUUCCUUUUUCUACUGACCUCAGAUCAGCUUCCAGAGACCUCACAGGAUAAGACAGGUUUCCUUUGAAAAGAUGAUUAUAGAAAGAGAGAUGUAUUUCUUGUAGGUUAAAGGCAUAUGUCUGAUGGGCCCUCAGCAGUGGGGGGGUAUGCUCAUGCGUAGGAGAGUUUAUUUUACUGCACACUGCAGGUAGAGGGCGCUAGAGCCUCCGCCUGUCUGGUCUAAUGUAGUGACAGCUGGAUUUUAUUUUUUUAAAGAUUUAACCAAGCCCAAAGUCGACUGCUUCGAAAACAAACUGUUGUAAAUAUGGUUCUUUAUUUACUGAGAUUCUGUCUCUAUAAGCUCGAUAUUAUUCCUAUAUUUGCCAAAUGAGUGCUGUAUUUAUUCUGAUGGUAAUAAUGCAUCUGUUGAUUUUGAUGUAUGUGUCAGAUCAUUUCCUUUGAGGAACAAUACUUCUAUAAUGAAACCAUUGCAGGGAAAUCAAAGGGUAAACUGUGCUUUUGGAUGUUUAAACAGAUUUAUAUAUAGUUUUAUUGGUUUUGUUUUGUUUCUAUAUAUAUAUAUAUAUAUAUAUACAUUCAGCAUGUGUCUGAACACAGAGAAAAGACACUCUUAUUUACCUCAUCCAACACUUCCUAUUUUAAACGAUAUAACGUUUAGCAGGGUUGGAAGCAGAAAGCACAUAAAGCAGCUUAUUUCAUUUGGCAGAACUCCGAGUGGAUGCGUUGGGUUGCUGAAUUUCUAAAUUAUUGAAUAGAUUUCAGACUGUUAUGGGACUCGAUAGCUCAAAUGUCUUUGGCUGAUGCACAUGUCGUGCUCGGUUUGGCUUGUGCUCAUAAUCGCCGUAAUAAUCUUGGAAAGAAAAAAAAAUGUGGCAAUAAUACUCUGUUAUGUAAUGCUCGUUUUAUUUCAGUGAUGUAUGUAAACGUAUUAUGAUGUACUGAAUAGACAUGCCCCAAAGUCAUUUGUGCUUCCAGUUUAGAUCCUCUGUAGUCCAGGAUCCUAAUGCAUGAAACCCAGUGACCUGUCUUUGUUAUUCCGCUGAAUAUUUCACACAAAGUGUACUUAUGUCUGUAAACCAUCACUGAAAACUCCAUAUGUUUUUGGAUGGGUACGUUGAUGGUCUAUUGUACAGUUCUGUCAGAAGUUUGCUAUGAUCUCCUGUGUUUACGACUUGCAUAGCGCCACCUAUCCUCGUGCAGCAGUGCUUGACCUUGGGGCGAACAUCAGCAGGAAACAUCUUUUGAUCACUGUGUGGAUUGUUUUCUAUUAACUAAACAUUGAUCUAUAUCUAGAUACACUGGUCUGCUUUUGAUUUUGUGUGUUCUUGUUUCCUGACGAUUUCGUGACAUUUCUUAGCAACGUGUUUAUGUUGCUUUGACUGAAUUGUAUACAUCAAAGUAGGUGAUGAAUGCAACCGUUUAGUUAUUUUUUUAAUUAAAAUGUUCUACAACAGCAGCCAGGCUGAUGAAAGAGCAGUGCAGUGAUGACGUAUAUUUGUAGGCUGACCCUGAAGUUAGCAUCGCAAGGGCCAAGGGCUCCCUCGACAAAAAUCCAAUGGGAUUUUUUCAUUGGAUUUCAGAAAAUAAGAUCUGUGGUAAUCACAUUUUUAUGAUUAAGACGUUUGGUUUAGCAGGAAAAUCUCCACAUAUUAAUUUAAAAAAAUGUAGGAAUAAAUGCAAUCCCCAGAAGUAAAAAUAAUAAGGAACUUCCCGUCACCACUUGAUGAUGAUUGAUUGAUUGAUUGAAAAGUUUAUUAACAGCUUGUAUAUUGGGUACAGUACAGUACAGCUCAAAACAUACAAUUGUUAAGGGGAUGCAGACCAGAGAAAGACUUUCGUCUUGUUUACAUCAGGGUCCCCCAUUUCCAAUUCAUCAACCACUGCCAAGCUAAAGGCGGCUAAUAUUCGGUGUGAUGUUUAGUAGUCUGAUUUAGUCACUUGUAUGUUAGCAACCGUUGUUUUUAUGACACAUAGAAGCUUCAGACAUUCAGCAGUGAUGUAUUUAGUGACGAAAACAUUUGAAAAUCUCUUUAUCUUGUGUUAACCACAGAUUUUAUUUCAGGUUAAAACACAUUUAUAAAACCAUUGUCUUGGAGAUGAGGGAACCAGAUGUAGUGAAAUGUCCUGGUAUAAGGCCACAUUCCUGCACAACUCUAUCGGUACAGGCAGAGGCGGACUGGGACUAAAAAUCAGCCCGGGACUCUCGACCGGCCCACUUCGGUACCGCUAGUUAUACCGCUAGUAAAUUGACAACGUGGGGUGCUAGUGACUGACUUAUCCGAGCGGCCCACUUCGGUAUCGGCCCAUCCGUCCCCAGUCCGCCACUGGGUACAGGCCAAGAGAUUAUUUUAGAAGACACAAACACGGAUUCUUUAAGUAGCCUACUGGAUACAGUAUGUAGCAACGUUUCUUCAUGCUAGUAAUUCUCAAUUCUGCACAUUUUAAUUUAGCUGGCGAUAAAACCAAUAGGUAAUGAAGAAAGCAGCAGCAGUUAAGAUCAGCAGCUCGGUCGCCUCCUACAGACAAAAACAGUAGGCUACUGGCGUCUUUACCUGAGCACUAAUUUAGGAACAAAGUUUUACAACAGCGUUCUUUUCCUUAAAAGGAGCCAUUUACUUUGUGUCUGUUGGAGGUUUGAAAUAUAAACUCUAUUAUCGCCAGUUAGUUAAAAAAAAUAACACAUUUGUUUCACAGCAACAUCGCCCAGAGCAUGCUUAAAAUCAGCAUUUCAAUAUUAGGAAUUAGAGAAUAAAAGUGUUUACUGACAUCUAUAUUUGCUGUGUAACAAGUGUCUCAUACAAAAAGCUUAUAAUAAUUGCAGCUGUAAUACUUUACCUGCAGGUAGCACAGGUGUACAGGCCUUGGCACUAAUGAGCUGUUUUCUAGCCUAAAACGGUUGCUGCAUCAUAAUAAUGACUGUUUGCUAUUCAAAGUAGCUUUAAAACACCUGGAAGAAUAUUUAAAAGUCCAUUUAUUUCUAAGCUGUUGUGAUUUGGUUUAUUUCCCCCCUUUUUUAUAUAAACAUGAUUUUUGUUACGUGUUUUUGUAUUGUCCUAACCAUGAAGGAUGCAGUACUAUGUCCUAACUGUAUCUUGUAUCAUGCAAUUGAAAAUAAAUGAAGAUUUCAUGA